AUGUCUCUCUUAUUGAACUGCUCAGUGUGUCAACAUCAAUUAGUAGAUCCUGUGACAUUAUCGUGCGGUUUCACUGUUUGCUUGAACUGCUUGCCAACUCAAGAGGAAUUCCAAAGAUCGAUAUUUGUGUGUCCCGUCAAACAAUGCAACAAGGAAACACAUUUAUUUGGGCCCAAUCUAUACCUGGACAACUGCAUCAGCCAGAUCAUCAAACUCGAGCACCCUGACGCUCAGCAAAUCACCGAGUCAUUGCAGUGCUCUAUCGGUAACCACUUGCUACAACAUCCCAUUACGUCGCACUGUGGACACAGUUUCUGCAAGCUGUGUGUCUUGCAAUACAAAAUUUCCAAUGAUUCAUGCAAAAAGUGUCAAAAGAGAUUACCCAGCUAUCAAUUCAUCCAACACCAACCCCCUAAUUUCAUCCUCCAACAAGUCCUGCUUGCAUACAGUCAGUAUGAGGCACCUCAAAUGGACAAUGUCUCUGCAGCAAACCACAUCAGCAACAUGUCAGUUUCAUUUGAUCCGUCAUCCAACACCUCCUACCAAGCCAUCCCCAUCCUCCUCACUGAUUUCGCCGUCUUGCCUUCUCAAAAGCUUCGUAUCCCCAUCUAUUCCGAGCCACACCGCACGUUCUUCAUCAACUCUCUAUUGAAUUGCAAGGAACUGCAAUCGCUCUGCUUUGCUAUUAUGAGCAGAGACAAGGCGAAUCAUAAGGGCCGCUUUGGCAUCAUGGUAAAGAUCAGCUCUGUCGAACAAAGAUUCAAAGACCUCGUUGUAGAUGUUGUUGGCCUUGAUCGCUUCCAAGUUACGAGCGUUCUGAAAGAAACAGACGACUUUUUGCAAGCUGAUUUGGAGAUGAAAUUCGAAGACGAGCAAGGCUUACUGUCAGGCUCAAACACGCAUUGGAUUGAUCAUCGACAACAAGCCAUGGUGAAACAGUUGUCAAAGAAUGGCGGCAGUUUACCGCCUUCACCUGAUAGCCCUAUGGAGGAUGUGGUGACUACCACACCCUCUCUGCCUUCGUCUCCACCCGCAGAGCCUGUGAUCUACACACCAGCCAUGAAGCUAUCCAACAGAAUACAUGACUUCAUCAGUGACUUGGCUCACAGCACACCCUCCACAUCGUUCUGUAGUGCCAUUGAAGGUCUGCUGGGCCCCGUCUGGCUCGAGUCUGUUCAAGGUCUUCAUGGUACUCUGCCUGCCGCCGAGAAUGCUGUCGCCAUGUGUUGGUGGGCUGCUGUUGUCCUGCCAGUCAGCAACGCAGAUAGAUAUCACCUAUUGGCCACCGAAUCACUAGAAGAUCGUCUCGAUAUCAUCUUGUCCUGGAUCGAUGAUCUGAAAUCUCAAUGGGGCAACUGUAGAAAAACUGCUCUCAACUCUGCCGCCAAAGUUGGACAGUAG